CACAGGGCAUACAGUUCGCUCUCCGGGAUCAGGCAAAACAAUCACCAGCACACAGUUGGCUGCCCGGGAUCAGGCGAAAAAAUCACCAGCGCUGACGUUAUCACCAGUGGCGCACCAGCCAGCAGAGCGACCGCGAGAACAAUAGAGAAGGUGACGGUGCAAGAUCAGAAGUGGUGAUUGUAGCGCAGUGAUUUGCAGCGAAAUUUAUACAGGCUAAUAAGAUAGCACAAUUUUUACAUUCAUUUUCAUUAAAUUAAGUAGUUCUAAUCUAAUAAAACUCGAAAUAAGUAAGUCACAUGAAAACGGUAUUGGGAAAAAUUAAAUUAAAAUAAAAAUAUAAUCUUUUAGGCAUAAAUAGACUAAAAGUAGUCUUGGAAAAUCUUUGAUAGAUUAAAUCGGUAUUCAACCUAUGUGAGUAAAAUUAAUUGAAAUUCAUUAAAACCCAAAUUUAUUGAUGCACAAAAACAGUUUAAAAUAGGAUACAAGUUGCAUUGGCGCUACGGAUCUGUAACGGCAUUAUCUAUCUGCAGGAGGAAAGGCAAAUUUGGGUUUGUACACUAUAAUUGUAAGUCGAAACAUUUAUAUCUUUAAUUAUAAGUAACUCAACCUAAAUAAAUAAUUUGUAGCUUUGAUCAGCUCCAGAAGAAGUGGCUGAUUUCAAUAACUUAUAUUUCUACAACCCGAACAAAAUCAAAGAAUUAUAACCUCAAAGGAUGGAUUCUGCCGAUGAGUCAUCAUGUAUGCUAUGCGAUGCCCCCAAUAGUGCAUGUGAUAUGGUACAGUGUGAUUCUUGCCAUCAGUGGGCGCAUUUUUUCUGCGUCGGGGUAACGAAGGCAAUUGAAGAUCGUGACUGGAACUGUAAAAAAUGCACUAAAGAGUUGCUGGUUCCGAAAACGAACAAACAGUCGAAAAGGACUGGAAGCCAGAAAUCCAAAAGUGAUGGAGGGUCUGAGCACGAAUUGAGUACGUCUUUCGCCACUUCAUUACGAAAAUUGGAAGAAGAGCAACGAAUUAAGGAAAAAGAAAUGGCAGAGGAAAUGAUUCUUCAAGAAAGAAGGUUAGAAAUGGAGAGAAUAUUAAAGGAGAAAAAAAGACAGAUGGAGACCAAACUUCUCGAAAAGCGAUUGUCACAAGAAAGAGAAUCGAAAAAGCAGCAAUUGGAGGAAGAGCGGCAAAUGUUAGAAAGACAGUUGGAAGAAGAAAAAACGUUUUUGGAGGAAAGGAAGAAUAUGCAGCAAGAAUUUCAAGCAGCGAAACAGAUGAUUGCAGAGAAGUACGUUAGGCAAGGCAUUACAUUAAAUAAAGAUAGACAUGAAGAAAGGGAUAUGUUUCUUGGCGAAAAGAUUGAUUUUUGGAUGCAAAAGCAAGGAGAAAAUUCAAGACACGAACCCAAGAAAGGUGUAGAGGAGCAAAAUUGUAUUGAUGAAAUUGAGGCAGAAGACAGCGAUCAGAAUUCUGAGGGAAGUUCUGUGGUGAGUUACCAUGAUGAUGUUCCGGAAAAGUACAGUACAGAGGAAACGCGAAACCGAAAUAGAAUUCGACAGCCUACGAAAUUAUCUGCAGAACAUAUAGCAGCUCGCCAGGCGAUCUCGAAGCACUUACCCGUGUUCAAAGGCGAACCGGAGGUGUGGCCAAUAUUUAUCAGUAGUUUCGAAUUUACAACAGAAGCCUGUGGUUUUUCAAACUUAGACAACCUCAAACGACUACAAGAUAGUCUGCAAGGGAAUGCUCUAGAGGCGGUGCGUAGUAGAUUGGUACUUCCAAGUUCAGUCCCGGACGUCAUAGAAGACCUUCGCCGAUUAUUUGGGAAACCGGAAAAGCUGCUGAAAACCCUUCUCACAAAAGUACGCAAUUCGCCAGCACCUAGAGCCGAUCGUCUGGACACAUUUAUUCAGUUUGGGCUGACAGUAAAACAACUUUGCGACCACUUGGAAGCGGCAAAUUUAAAGGAACACCUAAGCAAUCCAAUGUUAGUUCAAGAGUUGGUGGAAAAACUUCCUCCCAACUAUCGGUUAGACUGGGUCCGAUUCAAACGAGGGAAAAAUGGAACGCCCCUCAGGAUGUUUACUGACUUUAUGAACGACAUCGUAUCCGACGUGUCCGAGGUGACAGAGUUUGUUCCUCCUGGUGUAUGGGAAUCGUCAUCGCCGUCGUUCAGUAAAGCGAAUACAAAACGGAAGGAGUUUAUGCAUGUGCAUAAUGCUGUAUCCAGCAGAACCGAAGAUCAUUCAGACAUUAAAGGAGUCAAACCAUGUUGGGUCUGCAGAAGAACAGAUCAUAAACUCAGAUUCUGCGACGAUUUUAAACGGAUGUCCUUGGUUAACAGGUUGAAGGUGGUAGAGAAAAAUAAAUUGUGUACGCUUUGUCUUAACAAUCAUGGGAAAAGUACAUGCAAUUUCAAAAUUCGCUGCAAUGUUGGUGGCUGCCGAGGCGGUCAUCACCCAUUGUUACAUCGAGUUGAAGCAGCCGUUCAGAUUUCAAAUGUGAAAUGCCACGCUCACGAUCGAAUAGGUCGAUCGGUUAUUUUCCGAAUAGCACCAAUUAGCCUACAUUUUGGCGAUCGCGUCGCCACCCUUCUGGCAUUCUUUGAUGAAGGGUCAUCUGCUACGCUAAUUGAGGAAUCGGUGGCAAAGCAGUUGAAUAUUAAAGGAGUUGCAGAGCCUUUGGUGGUUACGUGGACUGGAAAUGUUAAAAAAUAUGAAAAUACAUCAGUAAGAGCUAACGUAAAAUUGUCUGCACAAGGAUCUGACACCAUGUUGCCAUUGACAAAUGUACGCACUGUGAAACAGUUAAUGUUGCCUGAGCAAGAUCUACAGUCUCAAGAACUAACAAAUCGAUACCCGCAUCUUAGCAAUAUUCCCGUGGCAAAUUAUGAACGUUCUAGGCCCGGAAUAAUUAUAGGUUUAGAUAAUUUACACAUUUUCGCACCUCUUAACUCGCGCGUCGGUCCAGCAGGAGAGCCAAUCGCUGUGUUCACGAAAAUAGGCUGGAUGAUAUACGGGCCUGAACCCCGGGAAACGACUGCAGAAGUAAGCCUGAAUUUUCAUUCAUACGAAGCGAUAACGAAUGAACGGCUUCACGAUCUAAUUCGAGAACAAUAUGUUGUAGAAAACUUAACCACUCCUUUCGAAGGCUUAUUGGAAUCUUCGGAGAAUCAACGAGCACGAGCAAUUCUCAAAGCCACUACAAUUCGCGUUGAUGACCGUUUCGAAACGGGUUUGCUGUGGCGUGCUGAUACGCGCCAUUUUCCUGACAGUUACCCAAUGGCUGUCCGAAGAUUGAUAUCAUUGGAGAAAAAGCUGGACAGGGAUCCAGAAUUGUUUCAGAGCGUACAUUGGCAGAUUCGAGACUACGUAACAAAAGGUUAUGCGCACAAAGCUACUGAGAAGGAACUAGUGGAGUCGCAACCUAACAGUAUUUGGUACCUUCCGCUGAACGUGGUACGAAACCCACGAAAACCAGGAAAGAUUAGAUUUGUUUGGGAUGCAGCAGCCACCGUAAAUGGGAUUUCAUUAAACAGCGAGCUAUUAGCGGGUCCAGAUAUGCUUCAGUCGCUGCCAGUGGUCAUCAAUCGUUUCCGGGAGCGACGGAUUGCCUUCGGAGGCGAUAUACAAGAAAUGUAUCAUCAGAUACGCAUUCGCUCUGACGACAAACAAGCCCAACGUUUUCUGUUUCGCUCCAGUCCGAACGACAAACCGGAAGUUUACGUCAUGGACGUCGCAACUUUCGGAUCUACCUGUUCUCCCUGCUCAGCCCAAUUUAUCAAAAAUAUCAACGCAGCGGAGUUUGCUGAGGAAUUUCCGGAGGCAGCUGCAGCAGUAAUCAACAAUCAUUACGUUGAUGACUAUUACGAUAGUGCCGAUUCUGUAGAUCAUGCUUACAAGAUCGCAAGGGAGGUUAAAUAUAUACACUCUCGCGGCGGUUUUCAUCUAAGGAAUUGGGUUUCCAAUUCAUCGGAAUUUCUUGAAGCCAUGGGGGAACCAAGCAAAAAUUCUGCUGUUCACUUCAAUCGAGAUAAAAGCACGAUGGUCGAACGGGUUUUGGGAAUCAUGUGGGACCCAUCAGAGGAUGUGUUUCGUUUUUCAACUACAGUUCGGGAGGCAUAUAAACCAGUGCUUCAUGGCAUCGAGAGACCAACAAAAAGAAUAGUACUUAGCUGCGUGAUGUCGAUGUUUGACCCUCAAGGUCUUCUUUCCCCUUUCACCGUGUUUGGAAGAAUGUUGAUUCAGGAUCUAUGGAGAACCGGUUGCGACUGGGACGAUCCAGUUGAUGAUAGAUCCUAUGAGAAAUGGACACGUUGGACUAAAGUAUUGCCGCAAAUUGCUGCCAUCAAAGUUCCUCGGAGUUAUUUCGGUGUAUCAAAAUUGUCCGAAGUAAAGAAAAUUCAACUUCAUAUUAUAACAGAUGCAAGUAAAGGAGCGCUAGGGUGUGUUGCAUACUUUCGAGCGAUUGUGGAAGGAAAUGUGCGAUGCGUGCUGGUGGCAAGCCGCGUGAAAGUCGCACCUUUAAAACCUGUCUCUAUCCCUCGUCUAGAGUUGCAAGCAGCAGUCAUAGGAGCCCGGCUGGCAUCCGCAGUACGAAAAAAUCAUUCUUUCGAUAUUGAAACGCAAUUCUUCUGGUCGGAUUCAACCACUGUUCUCUCGUGGAUCAGGUCAGACCAUCGUCGUUAUAAAGAGUACGUAGGACAUCGCGUGGGUGAAAUUUUAUCCAUCAGCCGGCUGCCUGAAUGGAAAUGGAUUCCCACAAAACUGAACGUGGCCGAUCAACUGACGAAAUGGACUAGGGACCCGGAGAUGAACGCUGCUUCCACUUGGUUCAAUGGACCAGAUUUCAUGUACCUUGGAGAAGAAAACUGGCCGAAGCAAAGGGCGGUUCAGGCUGAAACAGAGGAAGAAAUGAAGGUGCAUCUUAUGAUUCACGAUGUUGAGGUGCCAGCAGCAGUUAUAAAAGUCGAGCGUAUAUCAAAAUGGAACAUCUUGGUUCGAACGUUAGCAAGCGUCUAUCGGUUCCUGUCGAACUGUAAAAGGAAAAUAAAUCGUUUACCACUAGAAACGUUGAGAGCUUCGCUUAGACAAGCGAAUCUUCUAAAAUCAAUAAAAUAUCCAGUAGUAAUAACCCCCUUAAAACAGCAAGAACUAGGAAAGGCAGAACAGACGCUUUUCAAAAUGGCACAAAUUGCUGUUUUUGAGCCUGAAUUUAAAAUUCUCAAAAAGAACGCAGAAUUACCAAUGGAAAAGUGGUUGAAGCUAGAAAAAUCUAGCUUGCUUUAUAAACUUACUCCGUUAGUCGACGGCCAAGGAAUUAUUCGUUCUGAAGGCCGUACUGGUAGGGCCGAGUUUUUGCCAUUCGACUUAAGGUUUCCUAUCAUACUACCAAAGGAUCAUAUCAUUACAGCAAAACUCGUCCAGCAUUUUCAUGAAAAAUUUGGACAUGGUGGGCGUGAAACGGUUAAAAAUGAACUUAGGCAGCGUUUCUUGAUACCGAAAGUAGGAGCAGUAAUUGCAAAAGUUGCCAAGACAUGCGUUUGGUGUAAGGUAAAGCGAAAUCACCCGGCGACUCCUAGAAUGGCAGCUCUUCCUGUUCAAAGACUUAUGCCCUACCUGCGCUGUUUCAGCUACGUGGGCGUGGACUAUUUGGGGCCGUUCACGGUAGUUGUGAACAGGCACAGUGAAAAACGGUGGAUCGUCUUAUUUACAUGUUUAGUAGUACGAGCAGUUCAUCUGGAAGUAGCUCAUUCGCUGACUACACAAUCCUGUCUCAUGGCAAUUCGCCGUUUCAUCUGCCGACGUGGUCCCCCCUUAGAAUUUUUUUCUGAUAAUGGGACGAACUUGAAGGGUGCGAGCAAAGAGUUAAAGGCGAAUAUGCAGGCAAUUGGAGAAGAGAGUGCCAAUGAAUUCACUUCAGCUCGUACGAAGUGGACAUUUAGCCCCCCAGCUACCCCCCAUAUGGGUGGGGUGUGGGAAAGACUUGUCCGGUCAGUAAAGGCAGUCUUGUCAGUUCUAGAUGAUGGACGACGAUUAACAGAUGAAGUUUUAUUAACAUCAAUAACCGAAGCUGAGGAUAUAGUGAACUCGCGUCCUCUUGUCUACGCAUCACAGGAAUCGGAGGAGGCGUUGACACCAAAUAAUUUUCUUCGGGGAGUGUCCCCCAAUGAACCACGGCAAGGAACACCCCCCACGUAUCCGGCAAAAGCUUUGAGAGAUUCAUUCCAUCGAUCACAGCAGUUGACUGAAGAAAUGUGGAAAAAAUGGAUUCGUGAAUACGUUCCGUCAAUUAGUGGACGGUCAAAAUGGUUUGCUGAAUCCAAAAAUUUGCAAGUAGGCGAUCUUGUAUACGUCGUAGAAGGUAAUAAACGAAAGUGUUGGGUCCGUGGAAUCGUCGAAAACCCAAUAGUGUCGGGUGACGGGAGAGUUCGGCAAGCGUGGAUUCGAACCAAUAGCGGUCUCUGCAAGCGAGCAGCGACGAACCUGGCUGUCUUAGAGAUAACUGAUAGUGACACUGAACCGGAAGUGGCCUCCGGUACAGGAUCACGGGCCGGGGCAUGUUGUGAACGAUACCACAGGGCAUACAGUUCGCUCUCCGGGAUCAGGCAAAACAAUCACCAGCACACAGUUGGCUGCCCGGGAUCAGGCGAAAAAAUCACCAGCGCUGACGUUAUCACCAGUGGCGCACCAGCCAGCAGAGCGACCGCGAGAACAAUAGAGAAGGUGACGGUGCAAGAUCAGAAGUGGUGAUUGUAGCGCAGUGAUUUGCAGCGAAAUUUAUACAGGCUAAUAAGAUAGCACAAUUUUUACAUUCAUUUUCAUUAAAUUAAGUAGUUCUAAUCUAAUAAAACUCGAAAUAAGUAAGUCACAUGAAAACGGUAUUGGGAAAAAUUAAAUUAAAAUAAAAAUAUAAUCUUUUAGGCAUAAAUAGACUAAAAGUAGUCUUGGAAAAUCUUUGAUAGAUUAAAUCGGUAUUCAACCUAUGUGAGUAAAAUUAAUUGAAAUUCAUUAAAACCCAAAUUUAUUGAUGCACAAAAACAGUUUAAAAUAGGAUACAAGUUGCAUUGGCGCUACGGAUCUGUAACGGCAUUAUCUAUCUGCAGGAGGAAAGGCAAAUUUGGGUUUGUACACUAUAAUUGUAAGUCGAAACAUUUAUAUCUUUAAUUAUAAGUAACUCAACCUAAAUAAAUAAUUUGUAGCUUUGAUCAGCUCCAGAAGAAGUGGCUGAUUUCAAUAACUUAUAUUUCUACAACCCGAACAGGUGUUUAGAAUCUGUUCAGUGGUAAUGAUAAAAGAAGCAUUUUAAAACGGUGUUGAAACACCUGUUGCAGCUACCGAAAGCGAGCUCGUUAUUGGUUGAAAGCUGUGAGACUGUUUACAAAGUCAGAUCGGUUGUAUCCGUUAGUGUCGACUGUGCUUGUGAAGAGAGGUGGUGAUUGGUUGCUCGGUAUGAUUUAGACAAUCGAUGUGAUUUAUCAAUUUUUCAAUAGUGUAUCUCGAACAAUAGGUUAUUUUUGUUACAUAAAUUCAACCGUAAAAGAAUUUCUGAUCGGUUGAUGCCAAAACCUCGAAAUUCUGAAAAGAAAUGACUGAUGUAUAAGCGCUCAAAACCUGACCACUUUUCCCUGGUUUUCCCCGGUUGAAUUACUAGAUUUUCAAAUUCAGGUGCCUAACUUCGAUAUAGACGUUAGUCCAACGUCAAAACGAAAAAAAAACACACUAAUAGCGACGUCCUGUAUUUUGUGACGUGUAACGAAAAAAAACUCGCAAAAUUUUCAGUUCAAAGGUUUAGGAUCGAAGUAGUCCAAAUCAAACAUUCGCGAAAAAUUUUUCAUUCUCAUUUGAUCGGCCGAGCCGUUAAGAAGCAAAACUUUUAUAGCGAAGUAGUUUGAAAAUAUAUUUUUGAAGAAAUCUUUUGUCUAGAAGACAGUUCAUCAACCAACUCAACAAGUACCAAAUUUGAAUUUUCAAACUUAUCAUGGAUUCAAAGAGAAAUCAAAGUCAGGACUUUGACGAGGAGCCUACGGAUGCGAUGAGAAGACGUGGACGCCGUUCUCGUUCACGAUCACGCUCUAGAUCCAGGGCAAUGUCCCCACGUCGCGAAUCACCGAGGCGCCGUUCCAGAAGCCGUCGCCGUCGUAGCCGCAUGUGAGAAAAAUUCACCGAAGGCUACAACCCAGAGGUCGAAAGAAUAAAAAUUUUUACAAUGUA